AUGUCUUCCACCGCUACAAACUCCCCAUCCCGCGCCGAGUGGCCCACGUGGCUGGAGUUCAGCAGAUGCCAGAUCGAGCAUAUGUGCCACAUGAUAGUGGGCGCCAUCAACAACAGAGACUUCAAUGUAAAUUCUGACGCCUGGAGCGUGACACAUGAGCACUUCUCGGCAAAGGCAGCUUUCGCUCAGUGGCCCAAAGAAACAACGCUUCAGGAGCUACUGAGAUGCUACGAAGAUCAUACGCGACUUCAUCCAUACUACACACUCCAGUUGCAAGAAGUCAUGAUCAAAAUCGACGAGAAGAAAUCCAUAGCGAAGGCUUUUGUCAAUCUACUCUCGGACGGGAUUCCACCGGGCAAGAUCCGACAAAGUGUCGGUAUGCUGGAAUUCAUGUGGAUUGAUGGGAAAUGGUGUUGCUCGCGGUACCAGUGUGUACCGGGAAUGGCGCCAGCUGCCCCAGGCUCGUGCAUCUGA